ACGCCCUCCCCCUCAAUCCUCUUCCCACUUCUCAUUCUUCGAUCGGCGAACAAGAAGAAUUUCUCCCCCGAUCCGGUCUCUCGAGAGGUUUAAGCAGACUCGAACUGGGUUUCCCUCGUUGUUUCCUUAAGAUGGUGAGGAGCGUCGACAGGCAUCGCCACCACCAUCCGGGCAUUCACCUCCACUUGCCCCUCCUCCACCUCCACCACUGCCACCACGAGGUGAGGGAGGAGGAGGGCAGCCUGAAGGACGUGCCGAGGGGGUGCCUGGCCGUAUCGGUCGGGCAAGGCGAGGAGCAGCGGCGGUUCGUGAUCCCGGUGGCUUACGUGAACCACCCGCUGUUCGUGGAGUUGCUGAGGGAGGCGGAGGACGAGUACGGGUUCGACCAGAAGGGCCCCAUCAACAUCCCGUGCCACGUCGAUGAGUUCCGGAACGUGCAGGACUCGAUCGACAGGGACGUGAGCAAGAGCCAUCGCCACGGCCGCCACGACAACAACGUCCACGGGUGGUGCUUCGGACCUGCUUGAAGGAGGAUCUGACGAUGUACUUAAUCAACAUAUGCAUAGAGUAGAAGGUUUAGCAUGAGUAUACAAUAGUCAUGUCACGCGUUUCUCCCACCUCUUUUUUCUCUCUCGGGUCUCUUUAAUUCAUGUAAAUCAAGAAAUCAAAAGGACGGAUUGGAAUGCAGAUGUAUUUGUAAUUCAAUGCGUCUUCAUUUCGAUCACUGGUUGGCCAUUCCAUGCCUACCAAGUCGAUAAGCGAAGCCAGAAAAAGGCAAACUGAUUUUCAA